AUGGAUGAUUUAUCUCUAUAUCCCCAUUCCAAUGGAAAUUAUUAUUCCAAUGAUAAUGAGAGUGAAGUUUUCGAUAACGAUGAUGAAAAUCAAAUAGUCCAACAGCAACAACAACAUCAACAACCGAUUCAAAAUGAACGUGGUGGUCGUCGAAAAGGCGUUCCACGUCGUUUGCAGCUUUCUCCUGAAGUGAUUAAACCAUCGACACAACGACUUCUGCCAGUGACAUUACCGAAACCUGCUCCUGCAAGUGUUCAUCAUCAUGAGCAACCAAUUUUAACAUCGGAUCAAGAAGAUGAGAAUGAAAUCGAUGAUAUUUAUCAAGGCAAUCUCACUGAGCAAAAUUACCUGCAGUUAGAUUUCUCUACCACGCAUUUUGUCGACAAUAAUAAUAACCUUGAGGAGAAUGAAGACGUUUUAGAAGUAGUCGAUGAUAUCCUGGCUGACAUUGUCACGAUUAUUGUGAAAGAUGUUAAAGAACAGCGAAGAAAAGCAUUGAUUAAAACAAAUGGACACAUGAGUUUGAAAAAACCAAUGAACGAAAAUCAAAAGAUGUCGAAUGGAAGACAUUAUUCGAAUGGCCAUAGUGCUCGAUCUGAACCAUUGACAGCAACGAAAUUAUCUGAUUCUUCGACAUUGUUCAGUGAUUUAACAAAGUCUAUGCAAUUAAAUUCCCAACAACAACUAGUAAAACAUAAACUGUCACCAACAUCAUCACCAUCGGCAACAAAACGGCAAAAAACAUCGGAAGCAUCAAUACCAUUGUCUUUACAGCAACAGCAUCAACAACUUCUUUGGGAAAUGACACAACAGCUCAUGAUGUCCUCAGCAUCGUCGGAAAACGAUAACCUUGCAUCAGUUAAUUCUUCUCUACUCAAACAGCAGUUGCUUGGUGUUCCUCAACCGGAUGCCAUACCUAAACGAACAAGUCGCCCAUCGAAACCACAAGCGCAAUCGCCUGGACUGGCAACGAACACAACUAUGAUUCCACCGACGUCGCAAACGUCAACAAGUCCAUUAUCAUUUGAGCGUGGUAAUUUUGCGCCAAGACGACGUGGACGACCACCAAAAUAUGUCACAGAUCGAAGUCUUGCCGGCCUUUCAUCGCUUGAUCUCGACCCAGCAGCACUGACAUCAUCUUACGAUCAAUUGUUUGCCGCAAUUGAAAAUGGCAUCGCAUCUAAUAAUACUGGAGCUACAGCAGCAGCUUUUCAAUCAGCAUUGGCAUCAAUGCUCGGACAACAAACUGGUCUAUCGUUACCAACACCUCCUGUAUCGAGAAAUGGUGCACCAGCGUCAAUGGCGAAGAGCUCUGCUGGUCAAACUCGUCAUAGUUUGCCCGCAUCAGCCAUGAAUAGCGCAACGAAAUUAUCACAUGAUAUCGGAGUGAGUGGCCUUGAUAUCCCAUUAAUGGCAACAAAGAAACGUGGCCCUGGUCGACCACCGAAGAGCCAAAUGCUAUUUGAUCCACAUCAAAUUUUACAAACAACUCAACGAUUGAAUUCGCCAACGAAUAAUAAUUUCCUACCAACGAUGGUUCCAUCAUCACCGAGUUCUUUUAAUUUAAAUGCUGCCUUCAUGGAAAUGUUACAACAGCAACAACACUAA